UAAGUUUUGUAAUUCAUAUAGACAAAAAUAGUCAACCGAAAGCGUUCUUAAAUUCAAUAAUUUAAUUUUUUCUUUGGCAAGCAGUGACAAAGCAUAUCUGAAAUUCUUUUUAUUUACAAGAAGAUAUUUGGAAAUUUUUCCCGUGUAGUAUUCUGCAAAAUGGAUUUGCCUUCCCUUAAGCCUAAACCACAAGUAGCUGAUAAGGUGGAAAUUGCAGAGACAAGCUCUUAUGGAACUUAUGAAACACUGACAAAUGGGUUCACCUCUGUCAGAAGUCAACUUUGUGGUCCCAGUGCUUUGGAAGAGUCUGAGCGAAAUUACUGUGUUAAUGCUGAAAACAUGAAAAUGGCUGGCCUACGUCGCACUCAAGGGAUUCAUGCACCUCUUCGUUUGAUACAUGAGAGAAAUGCAGCUAAAAAAAUUCAGCGUUUACCAUUCUUGCCAAGCUCGAAUAUAGCCUUAGAAACUUUAGAAGGUCGUGAUGAGACUAUAGACAUGGAUGAUUUCAUAUUCAAUGAUCCCUUUGAAGGUGUGGAGUCCUUAGCAUCACCUUUCAUGGUUAUGGAAAAACAUUUGUUUGGUGCAAAGAAAUGAAUUUUAUGUUAAAAAUUUAAUUGUGCUUGUAAUAAAAUGUUCUUUUCUUAUUA